AAGAAUUUGAACCCUCACCUGAAAUUUUUCAAGGUCCGGUUCGGACUGCUUGAGGUAAAUUGGGCAGUCCCCAACCUUGACUUUUUCACUGUCAAGCAUGAUCACUCCAGCAUUCACCGUAGAGCAGGAUCACAGUAGUGUUACUAUCAAGAUAAACACGCCGCACGUCAGAGCUCAAGACGUUGAUCUGUUUGUCGAGGGUAGUGAAUUCAAAUUUUAUCUUAAACCUUACUUUCUACGGUUACAACUACCUGGCAAUAUCAUAGAGGAUGAAAAAUCCACCGCCAAUUACGACAUAGCAACAGGCAUUUUCACCAUAAUGGUCACCAAGGAAACAGCAGGAGAGCAUUUUGAGGACUUGGACUUGCUUACAAAGCUGUUGGCUCGACGUGGUGAAGUGAAACCAGUGAAAUCCACACCCAAAAAGCCUUUAAUCGAAGUCAUAAGCAGUACUACCGAAAUGCAAGAAGACAAGAUCAUGGAUGCGGCUGAAUUUGACUGGCAACUACCACAGGAGCUUCCAACCGAGGAGCUUCUUACAAGUACUACAACAUACGGCUUCAACAGUCAAUAUAAUCACUACUUCACACAUGUUGAUGAAACUGCCAACGAAAUCAAUUGCGUACAAAGCCCUGAAAAGUCCACAGCUGAAUCUCGAAGAGAAGACCGGGUAAACGAGGAAAACGCCAAAUUUGAUGAAGAUUACUAUGUGAACGAUUUUGUAAAUACCGAAGAGAUAGACGAUAUUAUCAAGUAUAAAUCUAUUUGGUGGAAAGAACUGAAGAGGAUUCAGAAAAAGGCGGCAGCUGAAGAGAAACAAUCGAAAGUGCAAUUGAUUCAGGAAGUCGUACCGGAAAGUAAUAGCGACAUUGCAGAUUUGACUAUGGGAAACCUUGAGAUCAAUGACUACUCGCAAAGUUUAAUAGAGUUUACCGAAAAAGAAAACUCUAUUAUGCGUACAAUGCCUAACAGAGAAUAUUUGCUUUCAAAUGAGAAAAGCAUCUAUCUUGGCCUGAUUGAUAUACUGUUUGCCUACAGCUACAAUCACCGCCAGACCGAAGGCGAAGAUACAGUCGAGUCGGUGUGGACAAUAGGAAAGCUGAGUCCUAGUAUUGCUGGUCUAGAGAAAUUCUCAACUUUGCAAGAAACACUUAUUUCUUGCUAUCGUCGUGCAUUAGCCUUCCCUUUAUACCGUAAUUACAAACUCUGCGACAAAAUCCUUCAAGAUGUAUAUAUACUUUUGAAGCUUGGAAAACGUGCAAUCUUAAAAGCUCUACUAGAGAUCAAAGACAUGUUUGACCAUCAUGAUAUUUAUUAUAUCUACAGCAAAAUAUGGCUUGAUGACUAUUGUAUAUGGAUUCAACAAUCGAGUGAUAAUGUGUUGAAAACCCUGGCCCGCGAACUCCAUCACUUCCAAUUAUCGAAAACGCUUUUGGAUUGGGACUUGGAGGAUUUAGAAGAGAUCGCUCGAGUUAUGACACAAAAUGCCGACCCACAGCAAGAAGAAUAAAGCACCAUUUCUCCAAUGCAUCCCUGAACGAAAAUUGUCUUGCGGAAAAUUUAUGUCGCCUCAUGAUCAGCUUGCGGUACAUUUAGGCACCAAAAUCCCUGUGUGAUUGUAGUUCUAAGGCUCCUCUUAAAAACAAUUUAGAUCCAAUAGAAAGGAAUGUUUAAUUAUGCAACCCAUUUUUUUGUGGAGACA